CUACUGUCAGUUGUCAGUUGUCGCUACGUGGCGUGUUUCUGUUGUCGCUGUAGCCGGUUUAUUUUGGACACAUUUUUCUGUAGACAAAAUAAUUCUGGAAACUAUGGAAAUUCUAUAUAGCGUUCCUUUUUCCGUCUUAGAGGUACCUAACUUGAAGAUAAGAAAACCAUCAUGGCUACAUCAGCCUUCAGCAAUGACUGUGUUCUCAAUAGUGCUGUUGUCGUACUUCAUGGUGACGGGAGGUAUCAUCUAUGAUGUAAUUGUUGAGCCACCCUCAAUUGGUUCAACAACUGAUGAACGUGGACAUUCCCGCCCAGUUGCAUUCAUGCCAUACAGAGUUAAUGGCCAGUACAUUCUGGAAGGACUAGCCUCCAGCUUUAUGUUCACUCUCGGUGGUUUAGGCUAUAUAAUACUUGACCAGACUCAGUCAACUACUAUGCCAAAAUUCAACCGAUUGCUACUCAUCUUUCUUGGAUUCAUUUGCAUCAUUAUUUCAUUCCUCACCACAUGGAUUUUUAUGAGAAUGAAGCUGCCGGGCUAUCUUCAGUCUUAAAUUUACUGGUGAAUAAAGAAAAAUACAGUUAAUUACACAUU